ACAAAUGCAGGAAUGUCUUGUUCUAUAAAAUUUAAAAAAAAAUUAAUUUUGUAAAUUUUGGAGAUGACGUCAUCAUAUUGUUGGCGGGGAUGAUUAGACAAAUUUUGGUUAGCGUUUUCCCAUAUACUAGGUAUAUCGGAUUUCUAAUAUUCAUAUAAAAUUUGACAGCAAUUGGUCUGGUAAUUUCCGAGAUUAUCUAAACGGGGACGUAUUAAUUAAUACGUUCAUCUCGUAUUAUCACUCCACUGUAUUGCUGGUUGCAUACAUUGAAAUUUUCUUUUCUUUUAUAAAAGUAUUGUAUGUACUUCCCAUGCUCUGCGCUGUUUCCAUAGAAAGUGUCAUCGGAUGUUCCGUUCUGCAAAAUAUAUUUUAUAUUAUAUUAUGUAGAAUUUUCGCGGUAGGAUCCAUGUGAAAAGUGAUCAGCUGCAUCAUAUUGAUAUAAAGUACUUUAUUGAUCCAUGACGUGUGAAGUGAUAAACCUGCGCACUGAGUAGCAUAAAACACAAAAACGGAAACGAUAAUACUGAAACCAAAAGUCAUCAUUUGUUUAAGAAGAAUUAAACUAGAAUUUUAAAAUAAGAGUUCUUGUGUAACAUAUCAUUAACGACGCCGUCAUCGUUGGAAUAAUAAUAAUUAUAGUCACUGCAGUGUUUAUUUCGGUAACUUGGUAGAGGAAUAAACUAGAAAUGUCGCUCAAUCAACAGAAAAUCGUUCAUCAUUUAAAGGAUUCAGUCUCAAAAAUAACAAACAACAAAAUCGUCCAAGACUUUUUUGAAAAACAAUCUUUACAAAUAGUUCAACGAUUACCUGUGAGAUUCAUCAGCGAUUUUUUAAAAUAUGUUGAACAAUGCAUCGAUCGUUCAAAGAAUAACGAUGUACUAUUACUCGAAAAUUUGAAACAUUUUAACACAAAGUUUAAUAUCAAAAGAUCCAUUGUAGUAGCACCAAAAUGGAAUCGCAAGAGCACGAUAAUUUCAAAGUGUAGUAUUUCAUCACAAACUCUUCAUACAAUUUUAUCUAUAGAAACUGCAGAAAACGAAGAUGCGUUAUUGAAGCGUAUUGAAGCAUUAAUAGUACAUCUUCAGCAAUAUCCAGAAAGCAGAAAUUGUGCCAUAAGAGCAGGUGCAAUUCCGAUGCUGCUCCGAAUUAAUAAAAAAAUUACUAGCGACAACGUAAAAGGUGCAAUCCGGGUUGCUUUGGCCAGUUUAGGGUAUGCAAACCCUGUUGCUAGAAAUGGUAUUAGAAUUCUGUCUAUGGAUGGUGGAGGAAUUCGGGGACUUCUUAUUUUAGAAAUGUUAAAAAAGUUGGAAGAAUUGACCCAAAAAAGAGUACAUGAACUGUUUGAUUUGUUUUGUGGAGUUAGUACUGGUGCCAUCUUAGCGUUUAGUUUAGGUAUACAUCAUGCAAGUUUAGACGAAAUAGCCAAACAUUACAAAGACAUCAGCUUUGCAGUUUUUAAACAAUCUCGGUUAUGGGGAACAGGAAAUUUAGUAUGGAAUCAAGCAUUUUAUGACACAUCUCUAUGGGAAAAGAAGCUUAGAGAACAUUUGGGAACUAGUACCCUAAUAGAUACGAAUCGUAACUCGCACUGUCCAAAGUUAUGUGCUAUAUCAGCUGUGGUUAAUCAGUCCCAUCUGUCUGCGUUUGUAUUUAGAAACUAUUCGCCACCGUGGAAAGUCAAGCCACAAUAUUUUGGCAGCAGUGAACACGAAGUGUGGCAGGCGGCUAGAGCUUCAGCAGCAGCUCCAACAAUUUUUGAAGAAUAUAAGUUAGGGAAUUUUUUACACCAAGAUGGAGGCAUUUUAGUAAACAAUCCAACUGCUGUAGCUCUACACGAAGCUAAAUUAAUUUGGCCCAAUACUCCAAUACAGUGCGUUGUUUCGUUCGGAACUGGAAGAACCGUACCUACCCCUACAGAUAAUGCCAAACGUACACCAGAUGAUUCAAGCAACACUUCUUGGGCGCAUAAAUUUUAUAAAAUUUUAGACAGUGCAACCGACACAGAAGGAGUCCAUGUAAUGCUGAGUGAUUUACUACCCCACAACGUUUAUUACCGUUUCAAUCCAUAUUUAACCGAGAUGAUUAGUAUGACAGAAAUUAAUCCUCAAAAAUUGGAGCAACUUCAAAGAGACACCAUUAUGUACCUGCGAAGAAAUGAAGAUAAAUUCCAAGAAGCAGCUAAAGUUUUAAUUGAAAAGAAGACGUGUGUUCAGAAAUGUAAAGAUUUUAUCAAUUUCAAUCGAGAGAUUUAUAAUAUUUAAAUCAAUAAAGUUGAAAUAUAAAAUUUA